AUGAUCGCGAAAACCUUGAAAGGAUUAGCAGUGAAUGAAUUUUACGUCGAAAACUGUAAAUUAAUCAACAAUUAUGUCGGGACACCAACAACUUCGAAUGUAUCACCGAAAAUCGAACCAUCUCCUUCAUUUAAUUCAAAUCUUGAAGAAGAUUACAAUUGUCCAAUCUGCUUCGAAUUAAUCAGCGAAGCAUUUGUUUCCAAAUGUGGACAUAGUUUCUGCAGUAAAUGUCUUCAACGAACGGUUGAGACCAUUCGUCGUUGUCCAAAAUGCCAAUUAAGUCUUCAACCAACUGACAUCUUUCCCAAUUACACUCUUAAUGCAAUCAUCGAAAAAUAUCGUCAACAACGUCCAUUGCCUCAAACAUUUGGCAAACAUGGUAGCAUUGUUGAGCAUAUCUCAGAUAUGGUUACAAAUAUUCAUGCAUUGAACACAGAAGAUCUUGAUCGACUGAUUUCCGUCAUUCGUCAACAUAAAGAAAAAAUCGAUUCAAACAGCGAAUAUGUUCAUAAUCGUUUGUUGGAAGUCUUUUUAAUGCACGUUCAUCAUGAACGAAGUGGCGCAAUUGAAUCACUGACAAAAGAAUUGAAUAUUGUAGACCAAGAUUUACAACAAAUGAAUAAACGACAAAAAUGUUCAUCAACAAAUGUAAAUAUUCCAACAAAUUCCAGUUCUAAACAAAUUCCAGACGAUAAUCCAAUUCUGUCUUCCAAUACAACCAUCGAUAUCAAAGAAGAGUUAUCAUCAACAUCAAAUCAUACAACUAUUGGUAAUGACACCGUACCGACUUGGACGCAUCCAGGAGGACAAGAUCUUCAUGCUACACCAGAUAUGAAAACUGAUAAGCAACAAAUUGCAACGACAACAUCUCUAUCAUCUUCUGUGAUUUUACCAGCUACAACGACAACAAAUUCAUCAACGUUAAUCAAAACUGAAUGUCUUGGUUCACGAAUUGCGCCGGGUGCAGUGGUACCGGAAGAAACGAAUCAGCAGGGUUCAACAAACGACGAGAUCGAAAAUCGAACAAAAAUCAUGAUGCGUUUCAUGGAUGAUUUGACAAAUAUUUAUUUUUCCACAAGAAACUCUGUAAGAUUAUCAGUUGAAAAUGAUGGAUCAUGCAAUGGUGAUAGUGGAUUAAGCACAUUUCGAGAUAAUCUAGCAGCUGUGACCAAAUAUUCACGAUGUAAAUCACUAGCAACUGUGAACUUUGUCGGUGAAAAUUUCGCACAAGCCAGUAUCGUUUCAAGUAUUGAAUUCGAUCGAGAUUAUGAACAUUUCGCUGUUGCUGGUGUUUCGAAAAAAAUCAAAUUAUAUGAAUAUCAGUCAAUACUUGAUAAUACAGUCGAUUUACAUUAUCCAACAAAAGAAGUUCUAUGUACAGCUAAAUUAAGUUGUGUCAGUUGGAAUCCGUACUUACGAAAUUACUUAGCAUCAAGUGAUUAUGAUGGAUUUGUUACCAUUUGGGAUAUGGCUACAGCACAAAAAGUUCGAACAUUUCAAGAGCAUGAAAAACGAUCGUGGAGUGUGGAUUUUUGUUCAUCUGAUCCUAAACUACUUGCGUCAUGUUCAGAUGAUUGUCGAGUGAAAAUUUGGUCAAUGCAUAAUGAUUAUUCCGUGACAACAAUUGAUGCUAAAUCCAACGUUUGUUGUGUGAAAUUUAAACCUGAUUCUCAAUAUAAUAUUGUCUUUGGCACAGCUGAUCAUAAUUUAUAUUAUUUUGAUUUACGUAACACACGUGAACCUUGUAAUUUAUUGAAAGGUCAUAAGAAAGCCGUAUCUUAUGCGAGAUUUUUAUCCAAUAAUGAAAUUGUCUCUGCAUCAACGGAUAGUCAACUUCGUUUGUGGCGCGUCACCGAAGGACAAUGCUUACGAACUUAUCGUGGACAUAUCAAUGAAAAGAAUUUCGUUGGUUUGGCUGUUUCAAAUGGUUACAUUGUUUGUGGUAGUGAAACAAAUACAGUUCAUCUAUAUCAACGUGAAAUCUCUCGACCAUUGCUCAGCUAUAAAUUUGACGAGCAAACUAAUGGAACAGUCAAAACGACAGCAACCAAUCCUGAUCGUGUGAAGAAAGACGAAACAGGUAGCGAAUUUGUUAGUGCGAUGUGUUGGAGCAAUCGUGAAAAUAUUCUAUUGACAGCAAACAGUCAAGGUGUUGUUAAAUUUCUUUAUUCUGUUAAACUAAUUCUUGUAUUGUUUCUUCUUCGAAGACAGCAACAUAUUCUUAAAUACUUGUGUAAAACUAUCUAUGUGUAUAUAUGCUAG